AUGAGGAUCUCGAUAGCAAUGCUGACCCGCCUUUUCUCCCCACCGCUGAUGCCGCGCAAGUGCCAGUUCCCGAUCACCGUGUCGGCACAGUCCUGGAGACCCAUCUCGUUGAUAGUGCUAUCAACCAGAUCUCUCUUAUCCUUCCACGGCAUGUUGUCCGGCAGCCGGAGCCCGGCUGAGUAG